AUCCUUACGCCAAAAGAUUGAUUUAAAAGGGGAGAAUAUAAAAUCAUGAUUUUACCUACUAUUAUUAUACCUGGCUUCCUAUUUUUUCAAUUUCAAGCAUCUCUCUCUCUCUCUCUCAAUUGUUUAUAUUUCGAAGCAAUUGCCUUGACAAGAUCAAGUAUAGAACAGUGUCUCUGUCUCUUUAUCCAUGUCGUCACCCAAUAGGCAAUAGGUGAAUACCUUCAAAGCCCAAACCUGGAGGUUUCUAGCUCAAAAUCUAGGAUUUGUAUAUUUGAUCAAGACACACCACCAUCUUUUUCUCCCUGUAAUACUUUCCUCAACUUCUCCAUGGCUCCUCCUUUUCCUCUUCUUCCUUCUUUCCCCUUCUUCCACAGUUUAUAACCUGCAAAGCAGAACAAAAAACAGGGCCUUCUUCUUCUUCUUCUUCUUCUUCUUCUUGCUCUGAAAGUCCAUAAAACAACCCUCCUCUCCUCCUUAUACUCUAUAAUUCAAAGGCCUCUGAAAUGGCCUUUGAUGACGAGUGUGAUUACCUCUUCAAGGCUGUUCUGAUAGGAGACUCUGCUGUUGGGAAAUCAAACCUUCUCUCAAGGUUCUCCCGAGAUGAAUUCCACCUUGAUUCCAAACCAACCAUCGGAGUUGAAUUCGCCUACCGGAACAUAAAGGUUGGCGAAAAACUGAUCAAAGCUCAGAUAUGGGACACAGCAGGACAGGAAAGAUUUAGAGCAAUCACCAGCUCUUACUACCGGGGAGCUUUGGGUGCUUUGCUAGUAUACGACAUAACACGACGAGCAACAUUCAACAAUCUGAGAAAAUGGAUAGACGAGCUCAGAGAGUUUGGAGAUUCAGACUUGGUGAUUGUGUUGGUGGGCAACAAAUCUGAUCUGGGUCAGAAAAGAGAAGUAGCUGAAGAAGAAGGACGAGAGCUUGCAGAGAGAGAAGGCCUCUGCUUCAUGGAGACAUCUGCCCUGGAGAAUUUGAACGUGGAAGAGGCGUUCCUACAAAUGAUCAACCAAAUCCAUGAAAUCACAAGAAAAAAACUGCUGGAGGCAAAGAUGAACGAAGCAUCUACACCCAGUGCUGGCAAAACCAUACUCAAUCUAGACGAGGUGUCUGAAACCAAGCAGCAGACGAACUGUUGUUUGAGGUGAUUUGAUUGCUUGAAGCAACAUUCCAUUGCAUGCAUACUUCCUGUACACACCUCUCUUGUUUGUUUUUCCUUUUGAUUUCUGUUUGUUUACUUGAUUCCUCUUUUCAAACUCAACAAAUCAACAAAUGAUUUAGAGGCCAACUGUAUCGAUCAGUGACGAGACGAUCAGAUGUCCUUUAGUGUCUUACUUUCCUUCAAAGUAAAGCUGGCCUGUUACCGUUCAA